CGCGAACUUUUCGGAUCCGCAUCUUUCUUCGACUACCGUGCAUCUUCAGCGGACCCCGCCUGACGUACAUGAACGUCUGUCUAGCAAGGCCGCAAAAGUCAAGCAUUCGUAGCAGCAGCAUCGGCACCAAAGUGCACCUAGCGUAAACUCGAAAUGCGUCUUCUAACGCACAACCUGUUGGCGUGCAAUGCGAAGACGUGCAUCACCACGUCCAACAAUUUUCCGCUUAAAUUCAGCAAUGUCUCGCUGGAGUUGAUCGAGGCGGACUGGAAUGAGGACUUUAUUCGCGGAUUUGUUCCCAAGAUCGAGUGGAAUGCACUCGUCAGCGCUUCGAGAGAGCUCGGAGACACAUCUUUACCAGAUCAGCAGCCUGAUUUCGACGAUCCCAUGCUGGACGAAGGCAUACUCAAGGCGCUGCAUCAUGUGCUGCUAGAGAUCCACGUCAUGGAAGGCGAAAUGCGAUGUCCAAAUUGCGACCACCUCUUCCGGAUAAAGAAUGGGAUACCGAAUAUGCUCCUUGCCGACCACGAGAUUCAAAAGUGAACGACGCCGCAGAUGCCGCGCGGCACCACGGCGCAGCAUAUCAUUGUACCUGUAUUUAUCCACACUGGAGAAGCUGAGCAGCAUGCACUGUAUUUCUAAACCA